AUGUAUGUAUUGGAAGUCAAUGGAGAGUUACAACGUGAACGACUUCAUGUUUGGCUGCGUGAGUUGGGUGAUGUCGACGAGCCCUUGGCCAACGAUGAAGACGUGCACAUCGGUGAGACUGACGCUGAAAGCCGGCAAUUUGUACUGCAACUACUGAGAGCGUACCGGACGACGACGGAGAACAUCCACCUGCCACUACGCUCAAUAUAG